AUGGCAGGAGACUCCAAUGCGUCCACCCCCGCUAGUGCCGGCAAAUCCCCAGCCUGUACCCUUCCUUCCGACAAGGUCUUCGCCAUUCAGAUUGGCUCCGAGCUGUUUCGCCUCUCCGGAGCCUCCAUUGCCUCGGACGCUCCCUCCUACUUCUCCCGUUUCUUCGAAGAGCAAUUGCGCCUGACCGAUGCCUCCAAUGUGCGAACGCUCUACAUUGAUCGCGACCCAGCCACCUUUCAGGACAUUGCCCGCCAUCUCCAAGGCUAUCAUGUUCGACCCCGAGAUGGCGCCCAAUUCGUGAAGCUAUUCGCCGACGCGCAAUUCUACACCUUGCCCCGGUUGAUGUCCCAAUUAUUCGAGUCGGAGAUCUUCAUCCAAAUCGGCGACCGCCAUUUUCAGAUCCCCCGUGACAUCUUCUCCGGCCCUGGUGAUUCUCCAAACUUCUUUUCCCUGGGAUUUGGUGCCUUUUUCGCCUCGCCCUCUGAGGUCUUCCCCGGUCUCGAUCGCGUCGGCCUCCUUCGACCCCCCGCGAUCGUGCCCCCGAGUGUUCCCAAUCGGUCUGCAGACGUGUUUGCAGAGCUGCUUCACCUGCUACGCGGAUACCCAUUGCAUAUUCGAAAUGCCGACCAUCGUGCAGAGCUACUCCGGGAUUGUCGCUAUUUCCACCUGCGAGGGCUGGAGCAGAAGUUGAUCCCCCAUCACAUCAGUUAUAACCCGUUCCGGCAACGCUCGGAGAUUAUCAUUCGCUUGGAAGAUGUACGACCGUCGGGUGUUCAUUUUGCUCCCGAUACGACUUCUCGAACUGGCGUCGGCUCGGUACUGUACGCUCGUCCGUUUGUAGACGAGAACCCGGCCGACUUGAUUCUGGAGAUUGCAGACGCCUCCACGCUGGUCAACAGAACUGCCCGCCGGGCUGACUUUGUUGGAUUGACCAAGUCUCGCAUGGCGAGUUUGCUCCAAGUGGUAGCCAAGAAGAUGAAUCUUUCGGAUUCGCAGCUGGGUGCAAUCCCUAUUAGGGUCCGCUGGGGACAGGCCUCGGAUAUCAUGAUUGACGGUGUAUCAAACCCCUCCUGCCCGGCGAACUUUGCGCCAGACUUGGAGACGGAUGAUGAUUUGCCGCCAGCCAAACGUCACCGUACAGAUACACCCCAGAUUUCUUACAGCGAACCCUGCGUGGUUCGGACGGGGCAAUGGCGACUACAGGUGGAACCGGACAAUAACGGUGCAUACGAGGCAGUCUUGGUUGCGGUCAAGCUGGACACAUGGCUCGAUGCGCGAGCACGGAACCAGCAACAGCAAUUUCUCUGA